UCCCACUGUUUCCCCGGUGUUCCGAACAUUAAUCGAUAUAAACCUCGAGGCUCCGUCAGAAAAGCCGAGCACCAGUGAAGCCCCGCAGCAAGGAUGCAACGUUGGAAAGUGGCGUUCCUACUGCUGUUUUUCGGCACAGCGAGCGGAGCGAGGGAAGACAAGGCCCAUUGGCGUGAGAUCGCGGAGCAAGAGGUGCGGGACGCGUUGUCGUACACGUGGAAUGUCAGGAGCGCGAAAAACGUGGUGGUGUUCGUCGGCGAUGGCAUGAGUCCCGAUACAAUAGCGGCCAGCAGGAUCUACAGGGCCGGGGAGGGCAGUUACCUCGCAUGGGAAAGGUUUCCCCACGUCGGUUUGCUCAAGACUUACAAUACGGAUAAACAAGCGCCGGAUUCGGCGUCGACGGCCACGGCGUUGUUCGGUGGUGUCAAGACGAAUUACAAUACCCACGGGGUCGACGCCAAUGUAGCGGUCGACGAUUGCGAAGCUAGUCUUCUUCCCAGCAAUCGGGUCGAGUCGAUCGUCAGUUGGGCUCAGGAGGCGGGGAAAAGUACAGGAUUCGUCACCACCACGAGAGUGACCCACGCAACACCAGCACCGCUUUACGCGAGUGGCUCAAACAGAAAAUGGGAAUGCGAGAGCAUAAUGCCCGAAAGUGCGAAAAAUUGCAAAGACAUUGCCAGGCAAUUGGUCGAGGACAAGCCGGGAAGGAACAUCAAGGUGAUAAUGGGCGGCGGCAGGCAGGUGCUGCAGACGCACGUCAACGCCACGGAAGCGGACCCCAUCGAUACGUGGGCGUGCAAGCGCAAAGACGGCCGUAAUUUGAUUAGCGCGUGGGUGGCUGAUAAAAAAUCGAGGAAAGCCACGUUUAGCGUCGUGCAAACGAACGAGGAGCUGCGCAACGUUAAUCACGGGGAGACCGAGUUUUUGCUCGGUGUGUUUGCCAAUGGACACUUGCCCAUGGAUUUCAAGCGAGACAAAGGCGACGGGGGCCAGCCGAGUCUCGAGGAUAUGACCAUCGCAGCGAUUAAGGUUUUAAGGAAGAACAGCGAGGGAUUUUUGUUGGUGGUCGAGGGCGGCCUGAUCGACUUUGCCCAUCACAGAGGCCACGCGGCCCAGGCACUUCUGGAGACGGUCCGACUGUCGGACGCGGUAAACGCCACUCUGCGGAUGGUCGACCUCCAGGACACACUUGUCGUUGUGACUAGCGAUCACACGCACUCCCUCGCCUUCAAUGGCAACAGCCCGCGUGGCGCCAAUAUUCUAGGAGUGGCGGAGGUGUCAAAGUACGACAAAGUGCCAUACACGACACUGACGUACGGAACGGGUGGGCCGAACAAUUUGGCAUACGAGGCGUACAACAAUACUGCAGUGAGGCGUGAUCCCACGAAGGAAAACACGACGGAGUUCACUUACAGCCAGCAGGCGACCGUCAUCACUGACGAGGCUCACCACGGUGGCGGCGAUGUGACCGUUUACGCAAGUGGUCCAUACGCGCACUUGUUUCACACGACGCACGAGCAAAACUAUGUGGCCUACGUCGUGGCCUACGCGGCGAAAAUCGGCCCGUACGUCAAUCACGGGUCCACCAAGUCACAGUGGAAUCUGGUCUGGCUGGGCAGUCUGAUCAGUUUGGUCAUGACUUUUUUCGCCUACUACCAGCUGUGACGGAAGAAGAAGCGAGGACACGAUCUGUUUUUUCACUCUCGACUAUCUAUGUAUACGGUUCGCGAAAACAUCAGUAUUUUUCUCAACACUAUCAAUCGACUAUCAGCUAAAUAGGUCUUUCAACGUGAUCUUGUAAAAUUAAAACUUCAAAGCGUUCUUUUUCAACUAUUAAAAGGCUAUUUUUCCUACUUUGUUACAAGACCUAUUUAUACGAUGAUCAAUUAACAAUAGCGAAUAAUCAAGACUUUUUACGCUGCAAAGUAUCGCGUGACGCUUAAUUUAUACUUCUAUCUCGUUGUCUACACUUUUUAAAAUGUACACACCUGUCUGUAAAACCUUGUCAGAGUCCUGCGAGAUUGGGGGGGAAAAAAAGCGUAGAAACUUAUCACCAAGCUAUAACUGCGAGUACUAUAAUAUUUAUCAUUUCACGUAUUCGUUUAAAUUAUAAUUGUUAAAUGUACAAAUUUGACGAAUAAAAAAUAUAGAAGAAUGGUUGCAAAAACAAGAAACACUUUCUUCGUACGAAAAAAAAAAAAAAAAAAAAUAGAUACACCAAAACCUAACGAGAGACAAAAUGUCUACAAAACGAGUCACAUUAUGCGUGAACGGAACAUACAAUAUCAUACACACAUAUACACCUCCGCAUUCCUUAUUUCCAUCAUCAUAUUCGCUAUCAAU